UCGUGUGCAGCUUGUCUGGGCGGAAGAGAGUGGAGCUGUUAUGAGAGAGAGAGAGCUGCGCUGAUUAAAACGGUUUAGUGGUUUAUUAUUGUUGUAUGAUUGGUGGCUGAUUCAGAUAGACAGAUUUAUCCGAUGGUGAAAUUACGGGCCAGGUGUAUUCUCGUGGGUAAGCUGCAUGUUCCGGGUCUUUAAUGACUUUAAUGGUUAACGUGGUGUAAGGUGAUGCAGCGGUGGGGAAAAGCGCCCUCUCUCAGAUGUUCCGCAGCGACGGCGCUCACUUCCAGAAGAACUACAGCAUGACCGCUGGUGUGGAGCUGCUGGUGAAACCAGUGAACAUUCCAGAGACCAGUGACAGUGUGGAGCUGUACAUCUACGACUCAGCUGGACGGGAAACCUUCGCGGAAGCCUGUGAGAAAAUGUGGGGGCAGCCUUCGGUGGUUUGUGUGGUGUUCGAUAUCAGCAGCCUGGCGUCUUUUAACAGUUGCAGCCGGUGGCUGCAGAGAGUCCGAGCACACUGCAAUGGACUGCAGGUACCAGGUGUGCUGGUGGGGAAUAAGUCAGACCUGUCGUCAAGGCGGGAGGUGGAAGAGACCACAGCACAGGAUUGGGCACAAAGCCAGGGUCUCCAGUACCACGAAACCUCAGCUAAGGAGAUGGAGAACUGUGAUGCCCCCUUCCUGAGUUUAGCCCAGGCCUUUUACACACUUUAUCAGGAGCGCAGGCAGAUGAUUCAGACCCUCGGCUGAUGUUCAGUCUAAUUCUGGAGAGUCCACUACAUUUAGGUGAUUUCAUGCUCUAGCACUGCAGCUCUGAACCCUGGUCCUGGAGUCCCCAACCUACACAUUUUAGUGAUUCACCUACUUCCAACACACCUGGUCUAACUAACUAUGUAAUUAUCUGCUCCAUUCCCAUGCUGGAGUGAGUGUGUUACAGUAGAAGCAACACAAAAGUGUAAAGAGCAGGGUUCUUCUGGACCAGUGUUGGAGAUCUUUGCUUUCUUAAUCAUUCACAGUAAACCGCAGUGUGAGCAAAUCACCAGUCAACUGUAGUAAGAGUCCCCUGUUCACUUUGUACCAGUACCACAUUUAAUACUGCAAAUCACUUUGUAUGUACAUUCUUUGCAUUUAUACAAAAAUAAAACAAAUUCAAUAAAUGAAACAAUGGGCAUGUGCCUGCUACAGAA